UGAGGUCGUCGGUGCCGUUUAAUGCGCGCUACUGGAGAGUCGGUGAAUGGGGGCGGAUAGAGGGGCCACAGUUCCGCUCUUCCUUUGGAAACAUCGCUUUGCAGCCGUUGUCAUGGAAAUCGCAGGACACGUAGAUGGAUUCUACAAAGAAGGGGGCUUCAAAGGAACAAAAGCCAGUAUGAUAAAGCGUACUACUCCUAAAGGCGUCAGAAACAUUAAAAGGGAAUGUUCCUUGUGCAUCCGUUAAAUGAAGACCGCGCUUCUCUUGGCACACCGACAACCGAAUCUCCACAAAGUGCUUUUGCAAUAUGGUUGCUUUCAGUGAAGAACAUAAUUUUAAACCGAAUCAGAAACGCAUGCAACACAUGUGAGUAGUUUUGGGGCAUGGCAUACGCAGGCCUGAGUACGCACCUGAGUGGAACAACAUCCGUUGUGCUUGGGAGUAGGCUACCAAGAUGGCAAACAAGGGGAAUAAACUUCAGAGCCUGUCAAAAGUGUAUGUUCUGCUCAGCAUAAUGACACUCAAGACCAAUGCCAUCGAGACGGUCAACGUGGUGGACUUCUGUGGCCAGAACAUCCGGGGCAACGGGAUGAUCGUCAACUCACACCAGGAGUCCAAGAAGUACUACUUUGUCACCAUGGGAACAGACUGCCACUUCACUAUGCAGGCUGCCUCCCCCAAGGACAAGGUACAGUUCCACUUCCGCUUCUUCCUCGUCUACAGCCUGCUUCGUUUAGCACCCCAAAGUCCCGCCCCCCUCUUCCCUGAGUCCCCCCGGGGCCUCCGAUUGGAGCCUUCGACUCCAGUGGUGGAGCCAGGGGACCCAUGUCAUGCGGGGUCAUACAUUCAGUUCUAUGACGGGCGGGACAAGAACUCACCUCCUAUUGGGCCACCGCUAUGUGGGAAGAGCCCACCCCGCCCGGUGCUGUCCACAGGGAAUCACCUGACCCUGCGUCUGGCAACCCGCGGUACCCAGCCCAGAGUGGACUUUGUGGGGGACUUUACCUCCUUCAGACUGGGUUUUAACCAAUCAGCAUGCAGCGGCGAGCCUUAUUUCCUGUGUCAGAAUGGGAAGUGUAUCCCGAUGAGUCUGGUGUGUGACGACAAGGGCAUCGAUAACUGUGGGGACGGGAGCGACCUGGAGGAUCACCUGCCCUCAGGGUGCAAAGGUCACUUAGCAGGUCAGCUGGCUCCAGCCCAAGCCCCUCCCCCAGCAGUGACCCCAACCCCUCCUGUCUUAAACCCGCCCACUUUUCCCAUGUCCACCUAUAGGAACUGUGGCACUCUGGACGGCGUACCCAAUCACGACUCAGUGACAGACUCUCCACCCUACUUGUCCCUGCUGGCGCUCUUCAUCGCACUGGGUGUGAUAGCUGGUGUGGUCCUGCUGUGUUGGUGCUGCUGGUCUCCAGGCUGGUUCCUCUGGAGGAUCAGUGUCUGCCGCUUCCUACCCUGCUGUAACUCAGCCUGUGCCUCCUGCAAGCUCUGUGCCCGAAGCUGUGCCCAGAACAAGGAGCACCGACCGGCUAAGGUUUCACCACAAGGACAGGUCCCAAUCAACUGUGCCGCCUUGGCCACCCUCACCACAGCCCCGGCUAACGCCACCACUAUCACUGUGUAGGGGGGCAAUGCGGCAGCUAUAUAGCGCCGGACUGUUGUCGCUAUGUAGCGUAACCACCAUGAUGGCUAACAGUGAGACAGAUGGACUGCUGGACAUGAUGACCCAGACUUCAUGUUCUAGACUGAUGGACUGAGACGAGACUCAUCUUUUUGCUGGGUUACAAGAAUGUCAUGGAAGAAGCGGUACUGCAGGGUGUAGAUCUCAAUUUUCAGUGGAAAUGAGACAGUCAUUAUCUUCUCCCUACAUUUGGACAGUUCUUAAAAUGGGGAGAGGCUUCACUUUUGAAUGUUUGAGUCACUGUAUGAUUAUUUUUUUGUUGUUGCUUUAAACAAUGAAUGACUGGCGCUAAAUCCGGGACACUCAAAUUAGUAUGAUAUGUUACAUUUGGUAUGGUUACACAAGACAGAAGGUUAC